AUGGUGUCAGACACGCGGUCUCAGACACGCGGUCUCAGACACGCGGUCUCAGACACGCGGUCUCAGACACGCGGUCUCAGACACGCGGCCUCAGACACGCGGCCUCAGACACGCGGCCUCAGACACGCGGCCUCAGACACGCGGCCUCAGACACGCGGCCUCAGACACGCGGCCUCAGACACGCGGCCUCAGACACGCGGCCUCAGACACGCGGCCUCAGACACGCGGCCUCAGACACGCGGCCUCAGACACGCGGCCUCAGACACGCGGCCUCAGACACGCGGCCUCAGACACGCGGUCUCAGACAAGCGGUCUCAGACACGCGGUCUCAGACACACGGCCUCAGACACGCGGUCUCAGACAUAUGGUGUCAGACACGCGGUCUCAGACACGCGGUCUCAGACACGCGGUCUCAGACAUAUGGUGUCAGACACGCGGUCUCAGACACACGGCCUCAGACACGCGGUCUCAGACAUAUGGUGUCAGACACGCGGUCUCAGACACGCGGUCUCAGACACGCGGUCUCAGACAUAUGGUGUCAGACACGCGGUCUCAGACACGCGGUCUCAGACACGCGGUCUCAGACACGCGGUCUCAGACACGCGGUCUCAGACACGCGGUCUCAGACACGCGGUCUCAGACACGCGGUCUCAGACACGCGGUCUCAGACACACGGCCUCAGACACGCGGUCUCAGACACAUGGUCUCAGACACAUGGAGAGCACCCACAGGAGAGCUACCACAGGAGAGCUACCACAGGAGCGCUACCACAGGAGAGCUACCACAGGAGAGCACCCACAGGAGAGCUACCACAGGAGAGCUACCACAGGAGAGCACCCACAGGAGAGCUACCACAGGAAAGCUACCACAGGAGAGCUACCACAGGAGAGCUACCAAAGGAGAGCCCCCACAGGAGAGCACCCACAGGAGAGCUACCACAGGAGAGCACCCACAGGAGAGCUACCAAAGGAGAGCUACCACAGGAAAGCUACCACAGGAGAGCUACCACAGGAGAGCACCCACAGGAGAGCUACCACAGGAGAGCACCCACAGGAGAGCUACCACAGGAGAGCUACCACAAGAGAGCACCCACAGGAGAGCUACCACAGGAGAGCACCCACAGGAGAGCUACCACAGGAGAGCUACCACAGGAGAGCUACCACAGGAGAGCCCCCACAGGAGAGCUACCACAGGAGAGCACCCACAGGAGAGCUACCGCAGGAGAGCUACCGCAGGAGAGCUACCACAGGAGAGCUACCACAGGAGAGCUACCACAGGAGAGCACCCACAGGAGAGCUACCACAGGAGAGUUACCACAGGAGAGCACCCACAGGAGAGCUACCACAGGAGAGCACCCACAGGAGAGCACCCACAGGAGAGCACCCACAGGAGAGCUACCACAGGAGAGCACCCACAGGAGAGCACUCACAGGAGAGCUACCACAGGAGAGCUACCACAGGAGAGCUACCACAGGAGAGCACCCACAGGAGAGCACCCACAGGAGAGCACCCACAGGAGAGCUACCACAGGAGAGCACCUACAGGAGAGCACCCACAGGAGAGCUACCACAGGAGAGCACCUACAGGAGAGCACCCACAGGAAAGCUACCACAGGAGAGCACCCACAGGAGAGCACCCACAGGAGAGCACCCACAGGAGAGCACCCACAGGAGAGCUACCACAGGAGAGCACCCACAGGAGAGCACCCACAGGAGAGCUACCACUGGAGAGCACCCACAGGAGAGCACCCACAGGAGAGCUACCACAGGAGAGCACCCACAGGAGAGCUACCACAGGAGAGCACCCACAGGAGAGCUACCACAGGAGAGCUACCACAGGAGAGCUACCACAGGAGCGCUACCACAGGAGUGCACCCACAGGAGAGCUACCACAGGAGAGCACCCACAGGAGAGCUACCACAGGAGAGCACCCACAGGAGAGCUACCCCAGGAGAGCUACCACAGGAGAGCACCCACAGGAGAGCACCCACAAGAGAGCUACCACAAGAGAGCACCCACAAGAGAGCUACCACAGGAGAGCACCCACAGGAGAGCACCCACAGGAGAGCUACCACAGGAGAGCACCCACAGGAGAGCACCCACAGGAGAGCACCCACAGGAGAGCUACCACAGGAGAGCCUGAGCCUCAGCGCUGA